AUGAACCCACCCAACAAUGAUAACAAUAAAUUAAUAUCACAGAGAGCAUUCUCGGUGUCAUUAAUAUUAAUCAAUAUAUUAGCCCACAUACUUUUGGAACGUGAAAUAUUUACAUGUACUUUAGUGAAUAGGUGGUGGAAUCAAUUAGCUACAGAACGACUAUGGCAUAGAUUCCGUGGACUAAAAAAUAAUUCAAAAACUAAAUCAUUUGAAAAAUUUUAUCAAGUUUUGGUUUCAGCUCGAGAUGGGAAAUGUCUUCAUCAAUACGGCAGAUAUGUUAAAAUUUUGGAUUUAGAAAGGUUAGAAUUAGAUCAAGAAAGACUAUUGAUGACAUUGGAAUGUUGUCAACGAAUUGAAACAUUUAUCAUUGGAACUAAGGUGUUGAAUAAAAACCAAAUGGAUAAAAUGGUAUCUAGAUUACCUAAUCUCAAAUUUUUCAAGUUUUCUGAUUCGGUAGAGAUUAACGACGGAGAAGCAAUGAGUGUAAUAGCAGAUUAUUGUCCUCGAUUGGAAGAGUUAGAAUUAAAAAAAGAUAUUUCCUGUUUCGGAGAAGUUUUAUUUCGAAUAGUUGAACAAUGUAAAAAGAUUCAAAGAUUGGAUAUCGAAGAAAAAAACUACGAAGAUCAAAUAAUGAUACCUAUUCUUGAAAACAUUCCUGAAAUAACUCAAUUGAAGAUUCAUCAAUGUAUUGGUAUUAGUGAAGAAGUGCUCUUAAAAAUUUUCAAAUUUUGUCCGAAACUAACAAAACUUAAUGUUACUAAUAUGCAUGAAAUAACAACAGAGUUUGCACUUGCGACUGCAAAACAUUUUAAAAAAUGUUUUAGACUUACAAUUAAUAAAGUGGAUAGGCCACUAGACAGCUGCAUAGAGGCAUCUGAAAAUAAAUUGAAUAUUUCUUUAUAUGAAAUUGAUUUAGGCAUGAUUAUUGAUUAUUUUACUAAUAGAAAGGAAAAAUUGAGAGAACUAAUUUUAUCUGGUAUCGAAUUGAGUAAGUUGACCUUGGAAAUCAUUUGCAAAAAUUUGGAUUUAUAUACAUUAAUGUUGUCUGGUGUCGAGGAGUUAGCAAAAGCGGAUAUAAUAGCGGCAAUUUCGGAAUUAAAAAAUCUAAAAAUAUUUACAAUAAGAUUCUCAAGAGUUCAUGUUGACUAUCUGCUAGACGAUGAAAAAGAGCAAUUACUUGAAAUUUGUCCAAACUUGGAAUUUGUUCGAUGGCAUACAAUUCCUUAUAAUUUGAGAAAUAGUCAAAACAAGUGA